AUGUUUACUCUUCUCCACUUCCUUCUCGGCACCCUCUCCUCAAUUACCGCCUCUUGUCUUGCCCUGCCCCUGGGCUUCCCCUAUCCUUCCUACGACCGUAUUUUCACCUACAGCAACACGAGCCAUCCCGAUCUCACAGCCAGCUCUGGACAGGACCCCACCUGCCUCGACGACAUUCUCUCGCGCCGAGACUUCGUCUGGACCGAUACGACCAACCAGGCUCAGAGCCUCUGCGGCAACUCCACAAUUGCCGUGGUCGACAGUGACAUCGGCGACAGCGAUAGCUACGGCGACAGGCCGGGCAUUGAGGACUGCCAGCAGUUUGUGUACUACGCCAAGACCCGCAACGGGUACUGGCUGGUCACCGGGUUCUCGGCUGAAGAUCAGAGCUGGGUUCAGUUCUCGACGCUGGCGACUUGUAAGAUUGGGGUGAGGCGGACAGACGGGGAGACAGGGACAGUGCCGAUCGGAAACCAAGAUGUCAUCGACUUGCUCAACAGCGUCAUGAGUCUGUACGGAGAGGGAGGCACGUUGCCGCCUACGCAAGGCAAUAUGAGCUGCAGCCGUGGCACCACGAAAGCAUCUGUGGAGUGGCAUAUCUACAAUGAUUGA